AUGACAAACGAGAAAACUGAAAAUCCUAUAAUUUUUGCUCCGAAGACUUACCAAUAUGAUAAGGGUCAUUUGAGUGAAGAAGAAGUAGGAGCGGAUCCUAUUGAACAGUUUCAUAGAUGGUUUGAUGAGGCUCAGAAAUACAAACCCGAAGGCUCGCUGUUUAUUCCAGAGUCUGUUACAUUCUCGACAGCAAGAUUACCUUCCGGCAGGGUAUCCUCCCGUAUUGUGUUAUUCAAAGAGUUAGAUGCUAAAGGAUUUAUAGUUUAUUCAAACUGGGAUAAAUCGAAGAAGUCAGAAGAUUUCAAAUCCAAUAAAUAUGCAUCUUUAACGUUUUUUUGGCCCUAUCUUCAAAGGCAAGUCAGGGUGGAAGGUGUAAUGGAAAAAGUAACGAGAGAAACUUCGGAAAGGUAUUUCAAGACUAGGCCAAGAGGGUCGAAGAUCGGAGCCUGGUCAUCUCCACAGUCGCAGAAAAUAAGCAACAGGGAAGACUUAAAUAGCUUAUGUUCCGAAUAUGAACGAAAGUUUAAAGAUUUGAAAGAUGAUGAGAUUCCAUGCCCUGAAUAUUGGGGUGGAGUUCGUAUUGUUCCAUUAGAAAUUGAAUUUUGGCAAGGUGGGUUAAAUAGACUACAUGAUAGACUUACAUUUAGAAGAGAAAAUAUCGAGAAUGGUAAAUGGGACCUUUCACGCCUUGCCCCAUAA